AUUCAAUGAAAAAAAUGUUAUGAAUAUUUUUUUUUAGAACAAAAAAAUUGCAAUUUUUAUCACGCCCACUAUUGAUUUACUGAUAAAUCAGUGAUAAUCAUUUCAUCAAUCAAUCAAUCGAGAAAAAAAACGGGUGCAAUCACAUCAAGAAAAAAUAUUGCAGGUUAUUCAAAUUUAUCAUCGAUAGAAUGUUUAUCGAUUCUCAGCGACAAAACACAUUUUGCCAAAAGAAAAAACUAUCAAACAAACAAUUCACCUCUUAACUUUUUUUUUUUUUGAUUUUUUUCGUUUCAAUUCAACUUUUUCACCUCUACACAACAAAAUGAAUGCCUCAACUUUUUCUCUUAAUCUUUUUGGAUAUAAUUCAUUACGAAUGUUGAUUACAUUAUACAUGGCCAUUUGUUUGAUUUAUUCAUUGAAAUUGACCAUUGUGAAUGCAUCACCUGUGGUCAAUAUUGGCAAAAAUUCGGGUACAAAUCAUGACCAUUCUCAUUCUACUCAUCAAAAUUCAUUAUCACCAACCGAUUUAAUCAGUAAUACCGAAUAUUUUCGUCAAAUGUUAUCAAAUGGUAGUGGUUUCAAUAAAACUAUUCUUUUUAAACGUGAAGAUGUUACAGAUAAUAUUGUCAAAAUAUUGCGAAAUAAUCCUAAUGAUUUAUUGCUCACUAAUCAAACUGAUCAUCAUUUAGGAUCGAUUGAUUGAACAAAUUAAUUAAUUUUGAAUCAUACAGACCUCUUUCUCUUCCUCAUUCUCUCCUCACGUUUUGUAACCAAAAGAAUUUUUUUUACGAAAAAAAUGAGGCGAACAAAAAAUAAUAUUAUCACUACCUCAACCUCAGUAGAUGAGAUGAAAAAAAAUCCAAUUAUCCGACCAAAAAAUGGGAUCAAUCAAUCAAACAAUUGGGAUUACUCCCAAUAUCACAUAGUUUAAUAUAUAUUUAUUUUUUUUUAUCACAAAAUUCCAUGUUUUAAGUUCAAUAUAAAUUGAUUGUGUUCGAUUAUUCAUUCAUAAAGAAAAUGUCCAGCAUUCAAUUCAGUCCAUUUUUCAAUUUAAAAUUAUAUAAUUCAUUUAUAUCUGUGCCAUAUUGGUUUUGUUUUUCUUUCUA